GCACAGCGGCGCCCACACUGCGCCGCGCGCCCGCUCCGCCGCUGCUCGGGUGCGUCCGGCCGGCCCCCGCGCGCCCUGCCUGGCCAUGGCUGCGGCCUCUCCCCCGCCCAGGCCCGAGAAGAAGCGCUGGGGCUGGGGCCGCCUGCCGGGCGCCCGGCGGGGCAGCGCGGGCCUGCCCAAGAAGUGCCCCUUCUCUCUGGAGCUGGCCGAGGGCGGCCCCGCGGGCGGCGCGCUCUAUGCGCCUAUCGCACCGCCCGGCGGCCCGGGGCCCGCGCCCCCCGCGCCGCCCGCCACGCAGCCCGCCGCCGCCGACCUUAGUCUGCGGCCGCCUGUGAGCCUCGACCCGCGCGUCUCCAUCUACAGCGCGCGCCGCCCGCUGCUCGCGCGCACCCACAUCCAGGGACGCGUCUACAACUUCCUCGAGCGCCCUACAGGCUGGAAGUGCUUCGUCUACCACUUCGCAGUCUUCCUCAUCGUCCUGGUCUGCCUCAUCUUCAGCGUGCUGUCCACCAUCGAGCAGUAUGUCGCUCUGGCCACAGGGACCCUCUUCUGGAUGGAGAUCGUCCUGGUGGUGUUCUUUGGGACGGAGUACGUGGUCCGCCUCUGGUCAGCCGGUUGCCGCAGCAAGUACGUGGGCAUCUGGGGGCGGCUGCGCUUUGCCCGGAAGCCCAUUUCCAUCAUUGACCUCAUUGUGGUGGUGGCCUCCAUGGUUGUCCUCUGCGUGGGCUCCAAAGGGCAGGUGUUUGCCACCUCAGCCAUCAGGGGCAUCCGCUUUCUCCAGAUCCUGAGGAUGCUGCAUGUGGACCGCCAGGGAGGCACGUGGAGGCUGCUCGGCUCUGUGGUCUUCAUCCACCGCCAGGAGCUGAUCACCACCUUAUACAUCGGCUUCCUGGGCCUCAUCUUUUCCUCCUAUUUCGUGUACCUGGCCGAGAAGGACGCCGUGAACGAGUCAGGCCGGGUCGAGUUCGGCAGCUAUGCGGAUGCCCUGUGGUGGGGGGUGGUCACAGUCACCACCAUCGGCUACGGGGACAAGGUGCCCCAGACGUGGGUUGGGAAGACGAUUGCCUCCUGCUUCUCCGUCUUCGCCAUCUCCUUCUUCGCACUCCCCGCAGGGAUCCUCGGCUCCGGCUUUGCCCUGAAGGUCCAGCAGAAGCAACGGCAAAAACACUUCAACAGGCAGAUCCCGGCAGCAGCCUCGCUCAUCCAGACAGCAUGGAGGUGCUAUGCAGCUGAGAACCCUGAGUCCUCCACCUGGAAGAUCUAUGUUCGCAAGCCCUCACGGAGCCACCCUCUGCUAUCUCCCAGCCCCAAGCCCAAGAAGUCUGCCUUGGUAAAGAAAAAAAAGUUCAAACUGGACAAGGACAAUGGGGUGGGUCCCGGAGAGAAGAUGCUCACAGUACCCCACAUCACGUGCGAACCUGUCGCGGAGGAGCGGAGGCCAGACCAUUUCUCUGUGGACGGCUGUGACAGUUCUGUGAAGAGGAGCCCCAUGCUGCUGGAGGUGAGCCCAGCCCACUUCAUGAGGACCAACAGCUUUGCCGAGGACUUGGACCUGGAAGGGGAGACGCUGCUGGCCCCCAUCACACACGUGUCACAGCUGCGGGAGCACCAUCGGGCCACCAUCAAGGUCAUUCGGCGCAUGCAGUACUUUGUGGCCAAGAAGAGAUUCCAGCAAGCACGGAAGCCCUACGACGUGCGGGACGUCAUCGAACAGUACUCCCAGGGCCACCUCAACCUCAUGGUGCGCAUCAAAGAGCUGCAGAGAAGGCCAAGUGUGUGGGUGGCACCCAGGCUGAGUGUGAGCUCACAUCCGUCUCCCCCCAGGCUGGACCAGUCCAUCGGGAAGCCCUCCCUCUUCAUCUCCGCUUCAGAGAAGAGCAAGGACCGAGGUAACAACAGCAUCGGUGCCCGCCUGAACCGGGUGGAAGACAAGGUGACACAGCUGGACCAGAGGCUGGUGCUCAUCACAGAGAUGCUUCACCAGUUGCUCUCCUUGCACCAGGGCGGCCUCCCGGGUGGCCACCCCCCCAGCGGGGUUGGGGCCCAAGUGGCCCAGCCCUGCGGCGGCAGCUCCAUCAGCCCUGAGCUCUUCCUGCCCAGCAGUGCCCUGCCCACCUACGAACAGCUGACCGUGCCCCGAAGGGGCCCCGACGAGGGGUCCUGAUGGGGGCUUGGGGCCCAGAGCCUGAGUGGCAAAGCCGGAGAAGCCCAGCCCCCGGGCUGACACCACCUCCCGCUGGGCAAGGGUAACCACUGGGCCACCGGCCACCUGCUCGGAGGCCCGAGACAGCAGCCCCUCUCUCCCAGGCCCAGACAUCCUGGGGGCCAUACUGCCCACAAGUCUAGGCAUGGGCUCUGCGCAGGCUGCCUCUCCCUGGCCAGUGGGUACCAGAACUUGGCUGGUGUGGGGUCCCCCUCAGCUCUGAGACUGUGAGACCCCACAUCACUUGCAUGGUGAUCGGGACACAGUGGCAGGGGAUCAGGCUAGCCCUGCCAAGGGCUGGGCUUCCCAAGCACUCAGUCAGUCCCACGUAUGGCCGGGAAGUCACACAGGUGCAUGUUAGCCCACCCUGGUAGCCCCCAGGGGGCUUCCUGAGGGGAGACAGACAGGCAGCCUCAACAGGGUCUGCUGACACCCCUCCCUCAGCCUCCAAUUGAGGCCCCAGGUGGACCCAGGAGAGAGGCAGGCAGGGCGGGGCAGGCCCAGCCCAUGCCGAAGAAGGGAGGCCACCAGCAAGGCCCACAAGGCCCACAAGGCCCACGUAGAGGGCCCAGGCCUGGGCCUUGCUCGCUGCCUCUCCAGACGCUGACUCAGUGAGGCCACUGCUUCCAGCAGGAGGGACAGGCCCACAACUGUCCCCAGAGUGCUUCACUAGGGGUAGACAGGUAGCCCCACCUUGGACUGGCAGCUUCUCCUACCCAUUCUGGAGAGAAGAGGAGGCCCCCAAUCCUGCCCUGAGUGCGGCCCCUGCCUCCAGCCUCCUGCCCCAGUCCGAGCGGCUGGACAGCCACACAGCUGUCGCCUCCCCUGGCCUGCUGCUGAGCCAUGGGGGAGCAUAAGGUCACAGUCCCUACACAGGACAGAGGCCCCUCCUGGGCAUUACAGAUCAUGGAAAUCAGGAUACUUUGUGUUGAUCUGGAAUCUGUGUUUUAAUGAGUUUCACAGUGUGAUUUUGGCCCGCAGUUGUGCUGGCUUUCCCUAAUAAAUGUGGGGUCACGGG